UCGGGGCCCUGGCGGCUCCCUAGUGACUAAGACCUGAGGGGCGCGGGGUGACGCCGCAGGGCAUGCGAACAGACGGGGCCGGGAGUGGGAAUCCUGGGCCAGGGGGUCCCCGAUUUCCGGAGCCGCCGUGGGAGCCGGCUGGUGGCACAGGAAGUGGGCAGCCCCGCGGCCUCGGGACACCCCUGGGUCCCCCUCACAGGCCACUCCGGCCUCCACUUCCGGUGCCCGCCCCACUUCGGGGUUCAGGACCGGCGGGGUUCCUAGGAGGCUUUUUUCUCUUUUUUGGGGGGUUUGAAGAGAGGUCGCCCCCCUCACCCAUCACCCCACGGUGUGUCCCCCGCGUCCCCCAGAGCUGCUCAUCCCGAUGGCGGCUUCCAGAGAAGGACGUCGCCGCCGCUCGGGGCCCGGGCGUGGCCGGCUCAGACUCAAAGACUUGGAACGCAAUAGCUUGACAGAAAAGGAAUGUGUGAAGGAGAAAUUGAACCUCUUGCAUGAAUUUCUGCAAACAGAGAUCAAGACUCAGUUAUGUGACUUGGAGACAAAGUUACGGACGGAAGAGCUGUCCGAGGAGGGCUACCUGGCUAAAGUCAAAUCCCUUUUAAAUAAAGAUUUGUCCCUGGAGAACGGAGCUCAUGCUUUCAGUCGGGAAGUGAACGGGGCACGAGCGAACGGGAAGCACCUCGGUAGAGAGGAGCGGAGAGCGGCCAUGGCCGAGCCCUUCAAGUCACCCCGGUCUGCGCCCCGGAGAGGCAGGGCUGACCGAGAGACGAGGGCAGCUGAGGUUUCCCCGACACCCCGGGUUACACGGCAGAGUACCAGACAGACCACCAUCACUGCUCACUUCUCGAAGGGUCCGGCCAAGCGGAAGCCUGAUGAGGAGUCUGAGAGGACAUCCACAGAAGAUUCUGGUGACGAGAAAGACCAGGAUGAGAAGCGACGGCGAGUCCUCACCCAAGAACCGGUCGCAGGUCCAUCCUCUGAGGACGUGGGGCGAGGCCCAGCAGAAGCUGGCGUGGAGGAUAGCGCCCGUGUGAAGAAGGAAGAAAAGAGAUUCAGGAGUCCAACUGCAGAGCUGACCCCCAAGUCGCGAGUGAAGCUGGAGGCAGACACAGUGGUGGGACCCGGAACCUCUUCUGGAAGCUCGGAUGAGGCGCGUGGCGUCACGAUCCUGGCCCCUUCAGACACCGACUUUGCCCUUCGCCCUCUCCAGGAGGAAAGGAGACCCCAGAGUCAGACCAGAGAUCUCACCGCCAAGCGGAGGCCGGAAGAGGAGAUUGAGGAAUGCAGGCCCCAGGUCUCUGAUGAGAGGGACGAGGAUGAAAAAGACGAGAAGCGCCGCAGGAUAACGUUCUCAGAACCGUUGGAGAGGAAAGUGGCACGAGCCAAAGCUGUUACAACCUCCAAGAACGACCCCUUGAAGUGCAUCCACUGCGGACAGGGCCUGGACAAUGCCAACCUCAAGUACGAGCAGCACCUGCCCGACGCGCUGGAGGAGCCGCAGAUGCUGACCAACGAGAUCCUCAACAUCUUCGGUAGCGAGUCCGGCUUCGGGAGCUACGAGGAGCUGCCCCAGCACAAGCUGACGUGCUUCAGCAUCUACUGUAAGCGCGGCCACCUGUGCCCCAUCGACACGGGCCUCAUCGAGAAGAAUGUGGAGUUGCUGUUCUCGGGGUCCGCGAAGCCCAUCUAUGACGACGAUCCGUCCCCCGAAGGUGGUGUGUACGGCAAGAACCUGGGCCCCAUCAACGAGUGGUGGAUCACGGGCUUCGAUGGCGGCGAGAAGGCGCUCUUGGGCUUCACCACCUCAUUUGCCGAGUACAUCCUGAUGGAACCCAGCCCGGACUACGCCCCCGUGUUCAGCCUGAUGCAGGAGAAGAUGUACAUGAGCAAGAUCGUCGUGGAGUUCCUCCAGGGCAACUCAGAGGCCACCUAUGAGGACCUGAUCAAUAAGAUUGAGACCACCGUGCCCCCCUCCUCACUCAACCUGAACCGCUUCACUGAGGACUCGCUGCUGCGCCACGCCCAGUUUGUGGUGGAGCAGGUGGAGAGCUACGACGCGGCGGGGGACAGUGACGAGCCGCCCAUCUUCCUCACGCCCUGCAUGCGGGACCUCAUCAAGCUGGCCGGGGUCACCCUGGGGAAGAGGCGGACCGAGCGGCGCCGCGUCAACAGACAGUCCAAGGAGAGCAAGGCCCCGACGAAAGCCACCACCACCAAGCUGGUGUGCCAGAUCUUCGACACCUUCUUCGACGAGCAGAUCGAGAAGGACGAUCAGGAGGACAAGGAGAACAUGUACAAGCGGCGGCGCUGCGGCGUCUGCGAGGUGUGCCAGCAGCCUGAGUGCGGCAAGUGCAAGGCCUGCAGAGACAUGGUGAAGUUCGGUGGCACCGGCCGGACCAAGCAGGCCUGCCUGGAGAGGAGGUGCCCCAACUUGGCCAUGAAGGAGGCAGAUGAAGAUGACGAGGUGGACGAUGACAUCCCCGAGGUCCCAUCUCCCAAGAAGAUGAAUCAGGGCAAGAAAAAGAAGCAGAAAAAGAACCGGAUCUUCUGGAUUGGGGAUGCCGUCAAGGUUGAGGGCAAGAAGACCUACUACCGGAAGGUGUGCGUUGACUCGGACACCCUGGAGGUGGGCGACUGCGUCUCCGUCUUCCCUGACGACUCUUCCAAGCCCCUCUACUUCGCCAGGAUCACAGCGCUCUGGGAGGACGCCAGCAACGGGCACAUGUUCCACGCCCACUGGUUCUGCCCAGGCAAAAACACUGUCCUGGGGGCCACCUCGGACUCACAGGAGCUCUUCGUGGUGGACGAGUGCGAGGACAUGCAACUGUCCUACGUCCACAGCAAGGUCACUGUCCUCUACAAGGGGCCGUCUGCCAACUGGGCCCUGGAGGGCGGCAUGGAGCCAGAGCCUCUGGUGAAGAACAAGAAGGUCUACUUCUACCAGCUGUGGUACGAUCAGGACUAUGCGCGAUUUGAGUCCCCCCCACAGAUCCAGCCCCCCGAGGACGCCAAGCACAAGUUCUGUGCCAGCUGCGCUCGGCUGGCAGAGAUGCGGCAGAAGGAGAUCCCCCGUGUGCUGGAGCAGCUGGAGGACCUGGACAGCCGCGUGCUGUACAACGUGGCCACCAGGAACGGUGUCCAGUACCGUGUGGGCGACGGCGUCUACCUGCUGCCCGAGGCCUUCACCUUCAACAUCAAGCUGUCCAGCCCCGUGAAGCGUCCCCGGAAGGAGGCGGUGGAUGAGGACCUGUACCCCGAGCACUACCGGAAGUACUCAGACUACAUCAAGGGCAGCAACCUGGACGCGCCCGAGCCCUUCCGCAUCGGCCGCAUCAAGGAGAUCUUCUGCGCCAAGAAGGUCAACGGCAAAGCCAACGAGGCCGACAUCAAGCUUCGCGUGCACAAGUUCUACAGGCCGGAGAACACGCACAAGUCCACGCCGGCCAGUUACCACGCGGACAUCAACCUGCUUUACUGGAGCGACGAGGAGGCAGUGGUGGACUUCUCGGCCGUGCAGGGCCGCUGCACGGUGGAGUACGGCGAGGACCUGCCAGAGUGCCCACAGGACUUCUCGGCCCGAGGCCCUGACCGCUUCUACUUCCUAGAGGCCUAUAACGCCAAGAGCAAGAGCUUCGAGGACCCUCCGAACCACGCCCGCAACCCCUGGAACAGAGGCAAAGGGAAGGGCAAAGGCAAGAAUAAGACCAAGUCGCCGCCGAGUGAGCCGAGCCAGCCCAAGGCCGCCGUCCCGCUCCCCAAGCUGCGCACCCUGGACGUGUUCUCGGGCUGCGGGGGCUUAUCCGAGGGCUUCCACCAAGCAGGCAUCUCGGAGACGCUGUGGGCCAUCGAGAUGUGGGAGCCCGCGGCGCAGGCCUUCCGGCUCAACAACCCGGGCUCGACCGUGUUCACGGAGGACUGCAACACGCUGCUGAAGCAGGUCAUGGGCGGCGAGCGCGUCAACUCGCUGGGCCAGCUGCUGCCGCAGAAGGGCGAUGUGGAGCUGCUGUGCGGCGGCCCGCCCUGCCAGGGCUUCAGCGGCAUGAACCGCUUCAACUCACGCACCUACUCCAAGUUCAAGAACUCGCUCGUGGUCUCCUUUCUCAGCUACUGCGACUACUACCGGCCGCGCUACUUCCUGCUGGAGAACGUGCGCAACUUCGUGUCCUUCAAGCGCUCCAUGGUCCUCAAGCUCACGCUCCGCUGCCUCGUGCGCAUGGGCUACCAGUGCACCUUUGGGGUACUGCAGGCUGGCCAGUAUGGUGUGGCCCAGACGCGCCGGCGGGCCAUCAUCCUGGCGGCGGCCCCCGGGGAGAAGCUGCCCCUCUUUCCCGAGCCGCUGCACGUGUUCGCACCCCGCGCCUGCCAGCUGAGCGUCGUGGUGGACGACAAGAAGUUUGUCAGCAACAUCACCAGGCUGAGCUCCGGCCCCUUCCGAACCAUCACGGUGCGAGACACCAUGUCGGACCUCCCAGAGAUCCGCAACGGGGCAUCGGCGCUGGAGAUCCUGUACAACGGAGAGCCGCAGUCCUGGUUCCAGAGGCAGCUGCGGGGCUCCCAGUACCAGCCCAUCCUCAGGGAUCACAUCUGCAAGGACAUGAGCGCCCUGGUGGCGGCCCGCAUGCGGCACAUCCCCCUGGCUCCCGGCUCGGACUGGCGCGACCUGCCCAACAUCGAGGUGCGCCUGUCGGACGGCACCAUGGCCCGCAAGCUGCGCUACACCUACCAGGACCGCAAAAAUGGCGUCAGCAGCACCGGGGCGCUGCGCGGCGUCUGCUCCUGCGCCGAAGGUAAUGCCUGUGACACGACGGCCCGGCAGUUCAACACUCUCAUCCCCUGGUGUUUGCCGCACACCGGCAACCGGCACAACCACUGGGCCGGCCUGUACGGGCGCCUGGAGUGGGACGGCUUCUUCAGCACCACGGUCACCAACCCCGAGCCCAUGGGCAAGCAGGGCCGGGUCCUGCACCCCGAGCAACACCGCGUGGUGAGUGUGCGGGAGUGUGCCCGCUCCCAGGGCUUCCCCGACACCUACCGGCUCUUUGGAAACAUCCUGGACAAGCACCGGCAGGUGGGCAACGCUGUGCCCCCGCCCCUAGCCAAGGCCAUUGGCUUGGAGAUCAAGCGCUGUAUGUUGGCUAAAGCUCAAGAGAGCUCCACAGCUAAAGAGGAGCCUCUCAAGGCCUAGCGUGACCCCGCCCCACUCCCAGUCGUGCCAGGGACCCCAGCACGUGCUGGUGGUGUCGUUGUUCGUGACCUUGUCGCUGCAGUCUGCUGCGUGGUGGUCUGCGCUGUCUGGGUCCCACCUUGCCCGGGCAGCGUCAUCUUCGUCAUCCCACUACCCACUACCGCGCCUGUCGGUUUAAAGGCUUUUUAUCCUGCAGCGUAUCAGAUGCACCGCCGUGAGCGUGGCGAUUCAGACUUUAUGUAGUUUUUGUAUGUUGUAAUAUUUCUUCAAUAAAUCUCCUAUAAAGCGCA